AUGGGUAAAGACUUGCCGGAACCACCCUUGGCUCCCCUCGAAGAGGAAGAUGACAAGGAAGAGGAAGAUGACAAGGUUGAUGAGAAGGAGACGUCGAAAGAGCAAAGGCUUUCUAUUGGUUCGCAAGACUCAGACAGAUCGGACAGCACGAAGAUUCCUAGUGACGAUGGUUCGUUUGGCGAUGAGGUACCCGAGGAAAACAAGCGCGUAUAUCGUGGGAGGACUUCCGGAUACGAUAAGGCUGAGAUCCUCCUUGAGCAAUGCAGCAGCGGUACUGCAAGUGAAGGUGUGGCCCUGAUGAAACCUAGUGAUUCCGAAGCCGACAAGGCCUUUGCAUCUGGUGCCCCAAGGAAGCCAGCGCAACUUUCUGCUAGUUUCUGGCUUCCUGAGUUGAGAAACCAAAUAUCAUCCUAUCUUGAUGUGCCGGCACUGUGUGCUCAGCGAGCCACAGCUCGUGAGAACUACUCACCGAAGGCUUUUGUUGCUCACCUUGUGCAGCUUGUCCGACCUGAAACGCCUGAUGCAAUCGAGGCAGCUGCAGAUAUUGUUUACAACAAAGAGAAGCUUCCAUCGGAGGAGUGCGCGCAAGUGUUUGCUCGGGACCGCUUUCAACUCUUCGCGCGGUUUCGAGGUGUCAUGUGCAUCUUCGACGCCGGCGCACCGGCUUUUCGACUAUGGUGGGCGAGCAACCCUGGAGCAAUCACCCACUUGUUGACCUGCUGGAUAGAACACAACAAUUCAUUGGACCCAAGGGGGCAAACGAUAGUUCUCGGAGCUUCGCUGAAUGUCUUCGACGAUUUGGACUGGGGUGCAUUGCGUCUCAAGCAAACGUUUGCUGCAGAAAUCAUUCGAUUGGAAACUGAGAGCCACCACCCAAGUGUGCAAAAAAAUGUGUCUAUAAUUUUGCAUCGGUUCCCGGAGAUCCGAUCAUUGGCCUGUGCAGCAAGUGCCCCAGACACACGUGCUGGCGCGCUACGCAAGCCUCCUCCCAUUUGGACUUAAAGCUGCCCCAGAAUUGCGCCACGAAAA